GAGUCCAUAUUAUUCUCUCCUCCCUCUUUCCACCUCCUGCCAUGGACUCCAGCGACACAACCACCACCGGCUUCCAUCACGUUUCUUCCUCCCCAGAAACUUCUCCCUUCUCAGCGACUCCGUCCCUCCCCGCCACUCCGACGACAGUAGUCAUCCACAGCCCCUGUGCCGCCUGCAAGAUCCUCCGCCGGCGAUGCGCCGACAACUGCGUUCUCGCGCCUUAUUUCCCGCCGACAGAGCCGCUCAAGUUCACCACCGCGCAUCGCGUGUUCGGUGCCAGCAACAUCAUCAAACUGUUGCAGGAUCUCCCGGAAAACCAGAGGGCGGACACCGUGAGCAGCAUGGUGUACGAGGCGAAGGCGCGGAUCCGAGAUCCGGUGUACGGGUGCACCGGUGCCGUAUGCCAGCUUCAGAAGCAGGUGGAUGAGCUCCAAGCGCAGCUGGCACGGGCGAAAGCCGAGCUCACCAACCUGCAAGCCCAGCACGGGAACCUGCUCGCAUUAAUCUGCAUGGAAAUGGCUCGAACACAGCAAGACUGCACGCCUCAGUCCGUCGAUGACGCCCUCGCUGCCAGCCCUUGCAUGUUUCAGAGCGAUGCUGACUUCCUCGAUGAGAUCAGCCAGGGCUUAGUUUGGGAUGAACCCCACUGGCUAUGAUUCACGGUUCUGAAACCCAUGUACACUGCUGAUUAAUAAUCCGGUCGUCUGAUGAUGAGAGAUAGAUGAUUUGUAUUUGCAUUGCUUUUAGCGAUGAACGAUUACUGUUUCCCUCUAAAGAAUAAGAUUCUCUGCAGCAAUUAUG